CCCCUGCCCGGGGGCGGCUCUGCCGCUCGGCACCCAGCGCUUCGGUCCCGGCGGCGGCCUCCGCUCGCGGCGUGUCAGGCGGGGCUCGGGCAGCUACAGCGGCAAGCCCGCCGGGCGAGAGAGCCGAGGGGGACGACUUGAGUCCUUAACAGACAAACCCAGAAAAAGGGCAGGGGAAAGGGUGUAACAUUCAUACCACAUGGACAGACUGUUGGCCGCCAGAAGUCAGGCUUUUAUCCGCAGAUGAUACUGAAUUUGUGUCUCAAACCUUCUGAAGGAAAGGCAAGACCAGAACAGUAGGCUGACCAAAGCUUACGGACAAAGGAAUUAGAACUGAGAAGAGGACACCUCUUGAUGCAAAGCCUCGGAGGUAUUGUGAUGGCUGCAUCUUGGAAUUUCAUGAGAGUAGUUCAUUAUUCCAAAACUGUUUUGUCACAGGGAGUCCAGAUAGGAGGAAUCACCAGUGAUUUGGGGCAUGCCUUGUCCAGGACUAUAACUUCAAGUUUUGUUGCCAAAACACCCACAUCAAAUACAGUGGAACUGCUUGGUAAAGCAUACCCUCGAGAUGACUACAGCAAUGUCACAGAAAAAAUUCUCUCCAAGGUGGGAAAGAACUUGCACAACCAACGAUACCACCCUUUGUGGCUGAUCAAAGAGCGAAUAAAGGAUCAUUUUUACAAGCAGUAUAUAGGACGCUUUGGGACCCCACUCUUUUCUGUUUAUGAUGAUCUGUCCCCGGUGGUUACAGUGGAGCAGAACUUUGACAGAUUGCUUAUCCCACAAGACCACCCCAGCAGGAGGAAAGGGGAAAACUACUACAUGAAUCACAUUCACAUGCUAAGAGCACAUACGUCGGCUCACCAGUGGGACUUGAUGCACUCAGGGCUGGAUGCCUUUCUAGUUGUGGGAGAUGUCUACCGCCGCGAUACGAUUGAUAGCAGCCACUACCCAAUCUUUCACCAGAUGGAAGGAGUGCGGCUCUUCUCCAAUCAUGAGUUGUUCAGCAACAUCAAAGAUGGAGAAAGUUUACAGUUGUUUGAGCAAGGGCAUCGCACGGCACACAAGCAGGAGACACACACCAUGGAGGCAGUGCGGCUGGUGGAAUUCAAUCUAAAACAAGUGCUCACAAAGCUUGUGACUAAUCUCUUUGGUGAUGCUCUUCUCUGAUUACUUCCAGCUCAGUUGUCAGUGAAAACAGAACAAUAAAGUAAGGUGGCACCAAAGGAACAAAAUCCAUGCUAUGUAGUUUAUUAUGUAGUCGUACAAUAUGGGCACAGUGCAAAAGAUCUUGGAUAAGUUCAA